AUGCUGUUCCUUACCCUCUGGCUUCUAACUGCCUUAAUGAGAAGCACACAUGCAGACUGUGGCCUCAGACCCUCUUACAAACCAUCCACACUGAAAGAGUCCAAGACCAUAGGGGGCACGGGUGCCAUGUCCGGUGAGUUCCCCUGGCAAGUGAGCAUCCAGACCAAAGAGAAGCAUUUUUGCAGCGGGUCGAUUAUAAGCAGCUGGUGGAUUUUAUCUGCGGCACAUUGUUUCACAAAUGAACUUCCACCAGAUCUUUACGUGGCGUUUGGGGCAGUUGACUUGGAAAGCCACCAAGUAGAGAAGAAAAAGCUGGACAGGCUGAUUCUGCAUGAGCACUUCGAUAGCGCAAACAUGGACAACAACAUCGCCUUGCUCCUGCUCGACUCCCCAAUAGAGUUCAGUGAACAGAAAAUGCCCAUCUGCUUGCCCUUCAUUCAUGACCUUCAGACGUGGAAGGACUGCUGGGUUGCUGGUUGGGGAGCCACGGCUGCAG